GGGAGGACGCAGGGCAGGAGGGACGAGCGGGAAGGCGGCGGGUGAGUGGGGUCGGGCGGACAGCCCUCCCCUCCCCAUCCAGGCCCUCGGGACGUCCUGCCUCCUGGUCGGGGAGCGCAACCAAGUGCGUGCGUGAAUGGACGCAGACCUCAGCUGAAUAUUUUGGAGGUUUGUGAAAAACAUCAAGACUUGCCUAAGGACGUUUUGAUGGCAUCUGUGUAUCUAACGCUGAGGAGCCUACUAAAGCAAAUGCACCUGUUCGACUGUCAAGGUCUGGAUAAUGGGAGAGCAACUGUUAAACAACUGUGUCCUUGAUCAAUUUAUUAAUAGACACGAGCAGUCAUAUGAAGAGUUUAGGAAGACAAUUCAAGGAAGUAAAAUAGACUCCCUAAGAAAAACAUUUUCUGCUUCUGAAUUAUCAAACAGAAAUGAACAGGAUGGCUCACAGGGAAGAAGCAAAGAAAUGCGGGUGUUUCUUCCUCCACAGAUGCCAAAUGAGUGAGAAACAAUGAUGAGUGAGAGCUGGAAAGGUGGUGGUUCUGAUGGAAAUCAUCUCAGUCUGCCUGAAAGAGUGAAGGAGGACUAGCACUUAGAUUUGGAAGACAUAGACACAAAUGAGGAGAUGGUGAAGUUGCCUAUUUUUUAUUCAGCAGGAUCGUUAGUUCUCCCUGGAGAGGUAGAACAGACUAUGACUUACUGUACACCCUUUUUUGAUAAGCCUAUUGAACUGAAGUUCAGAACCUCGUCAGUUCCACAGCCAUCAGACCGGAAAGCCCAAGGGCUACUAGGGUAUGAUGUUCAACUAUUUUCACUUGAUGAAGAAUUUGAUUAUGACAAUGUGGCACUGGCCCUUAAGUUCUCUGAAGCUGAGCUGAUGGCCAUUAUAGAAUUGUCUGGAGAGAAGAAAACCGGGCAAAUAUCAAGUCAGUAGGAGCUGAAGACUGAGUGA